AUGGCACCCAAUGGCACAGCACCAGUUCUUGUGGAAACUAUUUACGACCCCGAAAAGAAAGUGUGGCAUGGACCGGUGGACGAACUCAGAUACGGUCCACAAUAUUCCAUAGGAUCAGCUGUUUUGGAGGCAAUGAAAAAAUAUCCUGAUCACGUAAUACAGAUCUGUCACCAAAGCGGAAAAGAAAUUACCAAUCGGGAAAUGAUAAAAUUAACUGUACAAGCAGCUCGACAUUUUGAAAAAUUACAACUGCAGCAAUGUGAUAUUAUCGGGAUUUGUGCUGGCAACAGCGAUUAUGUGGCGCCGAUUUAUUUUGGUGCCUUAUGUGCGGGCCUCUGCAUCAGUCCUUUGGAUCCAAGUUUUAAUGUGAAUGGUCUGAAAUAUGUAUACAAUCUGACGCAGCCGAAAUUAAUGUUUUGUGAUGGUGAGAUUUAUCAAAAAGUUCGUCAGGCUUUAGAAGAGUGUGGACUUUCGGCAACAAAGAUUUUUACAGUUCGAAAUCAUAUGGAUGGCAUUCCCAAUGUUAUGGAGUUCUUUGAAGAGAUCUGUGAUGCGUCGACAUAUGUAGUACCUCCGUUGAGAGAAGGUUUUGAACAGGUGGCAAUGAUUUUACGUACCUCAGGUUCCACAGGCCCACCGAAGGGCAUUCAAAUGUCACAUGCAGCUUUAUUAAAUGCAACAACUCUAGGCGUAGACUUUGCACCCCGACUUCUUUGCUAUGGCAGCCUGUAUGGCUCCGUGCCCACUUUCAUGAUGAUCCAAAGUGCCACAGAUUGUUUUACUCGAAUCAUUUCGGAAAAUCCCUUUACACCGGAAGAGUUCAUUGAUAUAGUAAAGAUGCACAAGAUAAACGUAUCGGCUAAUUUUCCAGCCGAUAUUCCCCUCCUAUUGACAUCGGGUAAAUUAGCGUCCAGUGACCUAUCCAGUUUGCGGCUAAUGUUUGUGGCUGGCAAGACCAUACCAUAUUCGUUAAUUGAAAAAUUAAUGCCCUAUGCCAAAAAUUGUACAUUCAGAACUUAUUAUGGUUUGACGGAAAUAUGUGGUGCCCUCACAUCUUCACCAGUGGAUCCCAGUGAUGCGGUUGGUCGCAUGUUAGUGAAUACAGAGGCCAAGAUUUUAAGUGACAAAGGCAUGCAAUUGGGACCAAAUGAGGUGGGAGAAAUUUUGGUACGUAAAAAGUACCCUGGCAGUGGUUAUUUUAAAAAUCCCGAAGCCACCAAGGCUGUGUACGAUGAAGAUGGCUGGGUUCACACAGGGGACCUAGGUUAUUUCAAUGAUGCCGGGCAGCUUUAUGUUGUCGAUCGUCGCAAAGAUAUGUUAAAAUAUAAUAAUUUUACUUUGUCUCCAACGAAUAUUGAGAAAGUCAUUUGUGAAAUACCUGAAGUGGCCUUGGCCUGUGUUGUUGGUAUACCGGAUGAAACAUGUGAUUUUUUACCAGCUGCAGGUGUGAUCAAACGUCAAGGCGUUACCAUUUCGGAAGCUCAAAUAGCACAACAUGUUGCCGAUCGAAUGGAUGAUUAUGAAAUAUUACGAGGAGGUGUUUAUUUCUUCGAUAGUUUUCCCUUAACCGUUACGGGUAAAACAAAUCGUAGUGAGGUAACUGAAAUGUGUAUUAAACGAAGGCAAAACGAAGGAAAUAAAAUUAUUGGUGGUGGCGGUGGUAGUGUUGGCAGCAAUACUAAGCCAUUUAAGAUCCUUCUGUUUGGCUGCCGUUCGAAUAAUAAUGAUUGUUCGGUGGUUGAUGCAAUGGAAUAUGAAACAUGCAUUCUGCAAAAGGACUUAUUGAUUACACAGGACACAAACUGUAUUGAAUAUGAAAAUAAUUUCAUGAAUGUAUCCGAAAAACAGUUGGAUUGUAAUUAA